GGUUACAGGGAUUUUGACCCGCAAUAGGGACGUAUUUUGCAAUCCGCUGAUUUUGAGUGGCCUCGAGGCGUUUAUUAAUCUUCUCCACAGUACGAUAUACUCCAUAGCCGUCCACAUUUCAACAACGCUGACGUCGUUGAACGACCGUUUUCGUGGCCUAUUGUGGGGAGGAUCCGAUUUCAAGUCAAUGCCAUCCCCGGUGUUCUUGGCAAACUGAGUAGAGCGGCACUUUAACUGUGGAGGAUCGUCGUAAUCAGUGGACCGGAGAUAGUUUUGAGCCCUGCUCGCCAAGCCUUGUCACUUAACAGCCGCGUCAACGCCAUGGGAUCGUGAAAGGUAUUUCUAGACGAUAUAAAACGCAAAGGGUGAGCAUAUUUGCAAUAUUUGCUGCAGAGAAGUAAAACUUCACGCUCGUUCAUACCUAUCAAGAUCUCAAGAUGAAAACACAUUCUUUGACAUUACUUAGCCUUCUAACGGCACCAAUCCUUGCGCAUAAGGCGAGCACACCCGCCGUCUACAAGCGUCACGCAGAUCUCUCUAAGCGAUGCGUUAACAGUGCCGCAAACUUUAACAAGAAGAGAUGGGAGAAACGAAGUGAACCGUUCUUGGAAUCACGAUCCGGGAAUACUACCUAUUCAAUUACAACCGAAGCACCUUACUUCGAAACACUCCAGAAUGACACUUGCGUAUUGGCACCAGAUGUCACAGCUGGACCCUACUACUGGCCUCGAUCCGAGACUCUGCGCCAGGAUAUGACCGAAGAUCAGAUAGGCAUUCCUCUCACUCUUGACAUUGGUGUCCUGGAUAUGGCUACAUGUGAACCGCUACCCAAUGCGCUGGUUGCUUUUUGGCAUUGUAACGGCACAGGAAGCUACUCCAGUUUCACUGGCCGUGACCCUAACACGGAUUUCCGCGAGUUGCUUGAGUCGCUCAACGUUACCGAUUUUGAGAUCGGAACAACCGACCUGCAUACCGAUGACACCACUUGGCUUCGCGGCAUGUGGCCCACCGACAGCGAGGGCAUGCUGGAAAUGAAGACCAUCUUCCCGGGCUUCUACAUUCAAAGGGCUAUCCAUAUUCAUGCCCAAGUCUUCACCGACUACGUCUUGCACUCAAACGGCACUAUCCUCACCGGGAAUUCGAACUCGAUUGGUCAGCUGUACUUUAACGAGUCAGUCUCAGAGACAAUCAUGGCACAGGAGCCUUACGUCAGCCAUACGGAGAUCAACCGCACCACAAACGACGUGGACUCCGUCUACUCGUAUGGAUUUGCAAAUGGCUAUAACCCUGUUAUUGAUAUCGUCCCUGCCGAUGGAGAGGACAUCACGAAUGGCAUGAUUGGCUACAUCACCAUUGGUAUCGACACAACAGCUGAUCCUAGUUUGAGUGGGUCAGAGUCGUCUCAACCACCAACCGAAUAG